GCACAUUUCCCCUAAUUAAGAGAAUAGAAGAGACAGCAGCUUAGGCUCUUAAGUAACUAAGACAGAAAUUCUUCAAAUGGGUCGAGUAAGCGACAAACCUCGAGAACACACCCCAACUUAAAUUCAAAAUACAACCACAACCCAACCACCUUCUACAACAUUGUGAUCUGAGAAUUUGAAUCUGCUGCUGUCCUUGCCUUCACGCAGUUCUUGCUUCCAUUCCUCUGCACUUAACCCAAACCCCACACAUGUAACACCUCGUUGCUAAACAAAAAAAACAAAACCAAACAUGCUCCCUCCUAACAACAACGUUCGCAUUUCCAACAUCAUUACUCUCCUCUUUCUCUUCCUCUGUCUCUCCAUUCCCCUCACUUCAUCUCUCAACUCAGACGGUCUCUCAUUACUCGCCCUAAAAGCCGCCAUCGACGUCGACCCCACCGGAAUCCUCAACUUCUGGUCCGACUCAGUUCCCACACCCUGUAACUGGGAAGGAGUAUCAUGCACCAACAACGACCGAGUCACUCAACUCACCCUCCCUUCAAAAUCCCUCUCAGGCUACUUACCCUCCGAGUUAGGCCAACUCACUGAACUCACCUCCCUUAUUCUCCACAACAACAAUUUCACCAAAACCAUUCCUUCUUCACUCUUCAACACCACCAACAAACUCAUCGUCUUAGAUCUUUCUCACAAUUCUCUCACCGGUCCUCUUCCAUUAUCAUUCACUUCACUCAAAUCUCUCAUCCAUUGUGAUUUAUCUUCCAACUUUCUCAACGGCUCUAUUCCGGACACUUUAACCGAACUCACCGCUUUAACCGGAACUUUGAAUCUCUCUUUUAACAGCUUCUCCGGUGGGAUACCGGCUUCUUUAGGUAAUCUUCCGGUGGAAGUUAGUUUGGAUCUCCGUGAUAACAACCUCACUGGCGAAAUACCUCAGGUGGGGUCCUUGAUGAAUCAAGGACCCACUGCUUUUUCCGGAAAUCCCGGACUUUGCGGGUUUCCAUUACGGGACCUUUGUCCGGAUGGGGAUAAGGUUCCGGAUCGUUUGCCGGAAGACCCGAAUCCGAACCCAAUUGCUAUUCAAACGGGUUCGGUUCAAGAUCAGAGGCAAGGGAGUGGGUUGUUGGUUGUUGUUGUUGUGGUUUUGAUUUCUCUCGGGGGUGUGGUGGUUUUGAUGUCGGUGUUGGCACUCAGGCGACGGAAGAGGUUGAAUGAAGGGGAAGGUGAAGGUGGGUUUGAAAAGAGGAAGGUGGAGAGUGAGGUUUUGGGUUCUGGGGAAGAGCAGAAGGGUAGAUUUGUGGUGUUGGAUGAAGGGUUUGGGUUGGAGUUGGAGGAUUUGUUGAGGGCUUCUGCUUAUGUAGUGGGGAAGAGUAGGAGUGGGAUUGUGUAUAAGGUUGUUGGUGUUGGGAAAGGGUUGGUUCCGGCGGGGACGGCGGUGGCCGUUCGGCGGCUGAGUGAAGGUGAUGAUGGAGGUUUAAGGUUCAAGGAAUUUGAGUAUGAGGUGGAAGCUAUUGGGAGGGUGAGACACCCUAAUGUAGUACCUUUGAGAGCUUAUUACUAUGCAAGUGAUGAGAAACUUCUUAUCACUGAUUUCAUUCGCAAUGGAAGCUUGCACACUGUUUUGCAUGGUGGACCAUCCGAUUCGUUGCCACCAUUAUCAUGGCCAGCAAGAUUAAGAAUUGCUCAAGGAACUGCAAGGGGAUUGAUGUACAUACACGAGUUUAGUGGUAGGAAGUACGUCCACGGCAACGUAAAAUCGACGAAAAUACUAUUGGAUGAUGAUCUCCAUCCUUAUAUAUCCGGUUUCGGACUUACCCGUCUUGGUUUAGGUAUGUCAAAGUCUACCACCACCACUUUCACGCAUAGGCGGCAAAAUUCGAACCAGUCUAUUGUAGCCUCAGCAAUGAGUUCAAAAGUCGCUGCUUCCUCUAAGAACUACAUGGCACCCGAGUUGCGUGUGACUGGAGCAAAGUUCACUCAGAAAUGUGACGUGUAUUCUUUUGGUAUAGUGUUGUUAGAACUUUUGACGGGUCGGUUGCCGGAUUUAGGACCAGAAAAUGAUCAGAAGGAGCUUGAGAGUUUUGUGAGGAAAGCAUUUAGGGAGGAACAGCCCUUGUCAGAGAUCAUCGAUCCGGCACUUCUGCCCGAGGUUAAUGCUAAAAAACAGGUUGUUGCAGCGUUUCAUGUUGCGCUGAACUGCACAGAACUUGAUCCGGAGUUGCGACCGAAAAUGAGAACUGUGUCUGAGAGCCUUGAUCACAUCAAAAUUCAGUAAGAAAAGGACAGAAAUAGUUGUAAAUUUUGUUCAUGUGGCUAACCAUUAUCUUUUUGUGGUGUUGAUUAUGUAAGAUUAUUGUAGGUAUGGGAAACUAGAUGUAGCUUGUUUCAUGACAAAAGCUAAUGCAUUUAACUCCUUCAAUCUUAGACUUAAUUAGAAAAAUAUUUAACUCCUUUUGUUUUA